UUCCGGCACGUUUUUACGAACACAGAAACACUCAGCCUAGUUGGUAAAUAACUGACUGGGAGAAUGUGGUCUACUUGAGUCAGCAUUUAUAUUUAAUAUUCAAACAGGGUAGCAUGGCUGAAACUAAAAUACAAAUUUUUAAACUAAAAGGGUUAAGCUGCUGUUUUGUCGAUGAGUUGUUGAUGACACGAUCGAGAACCAGUUAUUGUGCCAGCCGUGCAAGGGGGAAAUCCCGGCAACCUGUGCAGAACGGAAAUCAUUUGCUGAAAGAAACAGGAGAUCUCCUAAAUACUACAACGAUAAGUGAACAAUGCUGGUGCUUAUAAACACGUGGCCACGUGCACUAGACCUGACGAUGCACGGAUUGCACGAUACUUGUAAACUUAAGCGUGCCUAUAUCCAGUGUGUGUUGCAAGGAUUUGAUUUCAGUAUGCGCGAUUUGCAGAACCUCAGAAAACAAACAAGUAUGCUUGGCGUUGGAGUAGUUUUGUUUCUUGUUUAUCAUUUCUGUCGCUAAAGUGAACUUUCUGUGCGUUCUACAAAAAGUAGGCGAGAUAACUCAGCACUUAGGGCCGGAUAUUUAGACAGGGUCUAAGCCAAACAACAGCUUUACGCAAGCAGUGAGUAUUGUCAUGAUAUAUAAGAGGGUUGUUUUCAUUUAAUAUAUCUCCUUUCGACGCUAGCUUUUGGUCCUCUUGUCAGUGUUUACAAAAAUAAACGUCGUGGUUAAAGAUUUAGCUAAAUUCAAGAUAGUUCAGAACCAACUCAAAGGCUGAACGUUGAACUGGCCCUUUUAGCCUCCCAACCCUUCACACACUCCAUUCCUUAUCGCUCUGACGAAGGACUAAUGCUUGAAACCUCAGAUUUAGUAACUCUUUACUGUGGCAAAUUUACAUCAACAUCUUAGUUGAUAAAACCAAACAUCUCGUAAUACUCUCCUCUGAAGUAGCACCACGGUUUCUUUAAACUUGCCCCUAUUAUUUCUUCCAACUCCCGUAAGGACCAUGGGUUAACUGGAUACUCGUGACAAAGAUGAAACAGCAUUACGUAGUGGGGCAGACCUGGUAGUGGGGACUGCACUGGGAUGAUCUGGGAAGGAACUAGCACCCAGUAGAUCAAUUUCGUGAUGACCACAGAUGGAGUGAUCUUCUUGAGAAAAUAGGUGCCUUAAUGGAUAAUUUCAAGUGUAGGAAGCGCACUCGUUACAACAGUGAAAAACCUUAUUGUUUAAAACUUUAAUUGCGGUGACCCACUAACGAUCCCGCAUCUACAAGAAUGUGAAGGAUAAAACUGUAUUUCUCGUUGUUUCGAUAUGCCGGACUUGAAGUACUUUUCCUCGUUAUUGCACCGCUGACUAGCACUUUUCUAUCGGGAUCUUCCGGCUCCAACUUCCAAAUAUGGAAAUCACCUAUUCAACGGUUGUACAACCGCCAUUUUUGAAAAGAAAUAUUUCUUUGGAUUUCGGACUGUUAGACGUUUGCAGAAAAUCGCAUCAUUUUCUUUCUUAUUUCAAAUAAGCCCUUCAGAAUUAAACAUAAAAGAGUAUUUUUCGCGUACAGCGUCUUGUUGGUGAGAUGGAUGCCGACAAUUCAGGCAAUCUGGACGCCUCUGAUCAUCAAAAUUCUUCGCAUGAAGGGAGCAGUAGCUCCAGCUCCGCCAUGGAAACACGACUUUGUGUGGUGGGAAAAGAAAAUGGAGAAAAUCAAGAGCUCAUGCAAGCAAUCGAGGCUCUUAAAAUUCCAAUAACAGUAACAGAUGAUGUGAAAGAAGUGAUGCAAACCGCAAAUGAUAACAUCGAAAUAGUCUAUGUUUGUGAGCCUUUUGAGGGAGAACAUUUUGAACUUUUACGCAAAGAAGAACAACGGAUCAUUGGACUUCCCAUAAUUCAUUCUUGUGCUAAACAGGGACAGCCCCUGCCAUACAAUUCAAGACCCCUUUACUGUACAGUCAUGAGUAAUUUGAUAAUCUGCUUUACUGGAUUCAGAAAGAAGGAAGAACUUGGAAGAUUAUGUAACCUUGUACAUCAUAUGGGUGGCAGUAUACGGAGAGAAUUUAGCGGCAGGGUUACACAUCUUGUUGCUCGCUCAAUACAUGGGCAGAAAUACAGGGCUGCCGUGAGUCUUGGAACCACUAUAAUGACUGUAGAGUGGGUAAACAAAUGCUGGGAGAAAAGACAUGAGCUGGGUGCAAGUGCAAUGGAUCAUGGAAUGGAAAAAUACAAGAUGAUGCCAUUUCAUGGAUGCUAUCUCAGUUUUCACGGUUUUUCUGACGAUGAGAAGAAACACAUGGAAGAGUCAACUGAGCAGCAAGGUGGGGUGCCUGUGGAGGCAAGUGAUAGUCACUGCACACAUCUUGUUAUUGAAGACAGUGUCACAGAGUUACCUGGUGGUUUGGUUGAGCAAUCACGAUGUCAAGUUGUUCGACAAGAGUGGUUCUGGGCCAGUAUUCACAUGGAUGCCUGUGCCGAUGAGUCUUUGUAUCACUUCACAGCAACAGGUCCUUCUGUGCCUUGUUCACAGCAGCAGAGUACACCUGUUGGUAAUCGAAAGAGGAAACGUCGCAAGCUCAAGGACUCAGAUCUCAGUGAUCUGCUGUCACCAGAGUCUCCUCUUUUCCGUGCAAAGCGCAAGAGUGGUGACUUGUUAUCUGUCUCUGGGUCUCUUCUGGAGAAUUCUCUGGUAUCACCAGCCACACCAAAAGACACGCCAAGUGGAACCAUCUCACCUCUAGGCACACCUGUCCCUGGUCCUCCAAAACCUCUGACAUCGCGGCAGCAAGUUGCCAUGGAGCUGCUGCAGACAGAAAAGAACUAUGUUGAGAUACUUACCAAUAUCCUCAAGGUCUUCAAAGAGCCACUUGAAAAAGACCCGCGUGGGGGAUCAAUUAUCUCAGCUGAGGACAUCAAAACAAUAUUUGGGCGUUUACCUGGAAUCCUGGAGGUUCACAAUCAGAUAAUGAAUGAACUUGAAGUUUUGGUGAAUGAUUGGAAAGAAGACAAAUGUAUUGGGAACAUCAUUAUCAACCAUGCUGAAGAAAUGGUCAAAGUUUAUCCACCUUUUGUGAACUACUUUGAGAUGACCAAAGAGACUGUAGCCAGUUGUGAUCGAGACAUACCAAGAUUUCACGCCUUUUUAAAGGCGUGUCUCAGCAGACCGGAGUGUGGAAGACAAACAUUGGCUGAACUUCUGAUCAGACCGGUGCAAAGACUUCCGAGCAUGAAUUUGCUUCUGUCAGAUCUGCUGAAACAUACAGACAAGAAAAAUCCCGAUCAUGCAGCUCUUGGCAAGGCAGUGGACUCGCUAAAGAACGUUAUGACCCACAUAAACGAGGAUAAGAGGAAAACAGAGGGCCAAGUGCAGAUGUUCGAGAUUCUCAGGGACGUUGAUGGAUGCCCAGCCUACGUUCUCUCUUCACAUCGUGUUUACGUGUCUAAAGUGGACACCUUCGAGCUGAGUGACACCCUUUGCGGCAAAGGAGAAGCAGUGACUAUUUUCCUUUUUAAUGAUAGCCUGGAGGUAACGAAACGACGAGGUUUAAAAAUGAUAAACAACGUACCUCUACCAAUGAAAAGUCCGGCGGGACGCACGCCACAGAAAGCAUACAAACACGUGAAAUUCAUGCCCCUGGCACAUGUCAGGCGCGUGGUUGACAUCCGUGAUAACGAUGAUUGUCAGAAUUUGUUUGGUGUCAUUUACCGCUGCCCUAAGGAAAUGAAAGAGACAUUGUUGAUGUUCAGAAUUGUAGGAGAUGACAUAAACAAACCGGAAUGGCUCCAGAAGCUCACCACGGAACUGGCUAAUACAGCGUGCAUGGCGGACUCGGAAAAUUUUCUGACCACAGUUGACCCCCAGGAACUGAUGUUGUCAAAAAGUGACAUGUCAAACGGGACGUUAAGUCGAGCGGUCAGGGUUGCGAAACGGACGACAAGAAAGGUCAGCAGAGCGUUUUCGCUGAACAAGACACCAAAACGAGUUGGAACUCUGAGGCGAUCGGCUUCCAAUGUUUCGCCAGUCAGGCGAUUUUCUAGCAGCAGUCCACUAUCACUGUCCACUCGUGAAAACCAAGCCAGCUUCCAAGGAAAUAGGACGAGAGCAACAAGCGUGGGGGCUCAGCCCAUGAGCCCGUAAUAAACAAGUCAGCGUAACAUACGUUGGAUUAUUUACUGAGACGAUGAUCCUUUUUGAUUGCAGGUUGUGAAAGGUUAAAAAGAAUAUGUACUUUCCUAACGGUUUCCUUGUUGCGUUAGAUGUUAUCUUGAGAAAAUACAACGAAAUUCAUUAUACUGCCAAGAAUUACAUAGUAUUGUAUUUUGAGUAGUUUUUUUUUUUUUUCUGAUCACCUUCCACUCUCAAAGAAUUAAAACUUAAUUGUGGAAAAGCUGAUGAAAAACGUUCAUAUCGGUGAUUUCACCUUAAAUAAUGUGUUCCGUUUUCGAAAAAUCAGUUUAGAUAACCUCUGCCUCUAUUUUGCUUGCGAAAAGAGUCCAAUGAUAUAUGGAAAACAGAUAAAUGAAAUAUUAUUACAGUUA